ACGAUCUCAGGAUCAGAUUAAUGUCACUAUAUAACAGCUGGACACAGAGACGGUGAGAGUAAAUCAGACUGGAGCUGGAGACAUUUGAUCGUUUCUUUGAGGUUCACUCAGACAUUGUGUAAUGUGUAAGGGGCUGUCUGGCAUCCCCUCCUCAUGCUUGGAGAAGGCAAAGGGCAUGAGGGUCAAACUGUCCCACCUGGCCGAAAAGCAGGAGUGGGUUUACAAACACAGAGCGAAUGAGGAAAAGCUGCCACAGGACCUGGAGUCAUUGCUCAACAGCAAGCUGGGCAUUCAGGCGUUCCGCUGGUUUUUGCACUCGGAGUUCAGCGAGGAGAACCUGGAGUUCUGGCUGGCGUGUGAGGAAUACAAGAACUCAUCCGGGUCCAAACUGGCGACGAAAGCCCAGGACAUCUACAAGCAGUUCAUCAACCCUGACGCUCCUCGUGAGGUGAAUCUGGACAGUGAGACCCGUGAGGCGUUGAUGGGGCUGAUGGAGGAUCCCACAACGGACACGUUUGAUGACGCUCAGCAACGUAUUUUUUCUCUGAUGGCUAAAGACUCGUUCCCACGUUUCCUGCGCUCGUCUUACAGCCAGCAGCCUCUUAAAGUCCUGUGAGACUUACUGUGCUGACAAAAAACUCUGUAUCUGUGGUUUAGACUAGAUUGUUUAAUUAAUCUGCUCUCUAUAAAGAUGCAGGACAUAGUUUACUAGGACAUAGAGUCUAUAGACAUCUAUAAUAGCUCACUGUACCUUUAUAUCUUUA